GUACUAACAAGCACUCAAACAGCAGCAGCGGAAGCAGCUUGCAAUCGCUACGGAGGGAAGAACAAAUGCAAGAAGGCAACAGCGCUCGCGCGGCCAUGUCUACCGAGAACUACGACGCGUGCUACCCCGACCAGCCGGUGGUCGACCGCUACCUCCCCGUGUGGGCCAAGCUGCCGGCGUUCGCGACCAAGCCGGCCUUCAUCUGGGCCGACGACGACGCGGCGUCGACACGCACCGCGCUGACCUACGCCCAGCUCGACGCCGCCGCCGGGCGCAUGGCGCGCAACCUCCUCGGCACUGUCGGCAGCCUCCGCCGGGGAGAUGCCGUCCUCGUGCUCGCCUCGCCGGGCCUUCGCCUCGUCAAGCUCCUCUUCGCGUGCCAGCGUGCGGGCCUCACGGCGGUGCCCGUCGUGCCCCCCGACCCGGCCAGGUUCGACGGCCCUGCGCACGCGCACCUCCUGCGCGCCGUGUCGCAGACCAGGCCCACGGCCGCCGUCGCCGACGCCGGGUACAUCGACUCCGUUGCCAAGACGGUUUCUUCUUCCGUCGCCGCGGCCGGGGGAGACAACGCCCGGGCCCGGCUGGCUGCUACUGCUAUGCUGGGGAGCCUGCGCUGGCUGGCCGUCGACGAGCUGGAGCGGGAACGCGAGGGUGGCGGUGAUGGGCCGGGGCCCGAGGCACCGUACGUGGGCUGUGGGCCGGACGAUGUGUACCUGAUCCAGUACACCUCCGGAGCGACGGGCGUCCCGAGGCCCGUGGUGGUGACCGCGGGCUCGGCGGCCCACAACGUGCGGGCCGCGAGGAAGGCCUACGACCUGCACCCGGGCAGCGUCAUCGUGUCGUGGCUGCCGCAGUACCACGACUGCGGCCUCGUGUUCCUGCUCCUCACCGUCGUCGCCGGCGCCACCUGCGUGCUGGCCGCCCCGGGCGUCUUCCUGCGGCGCCCGCGCCUCUGGCUCGAGCUCGUCUCCGAGUUCGGGGCCACGUGCACGCCCGUGCCGUCGUUCGCGCUUCCGCUGGUGCUCCGGCGCGGCCGCGGACAUCGCCGCGACCGGCGGCGGUUGCUUGAGCUCGGCAGCCUGCGUAACCUGAUCCUCAUCAACGAGCCCAUCUACGAGUCGUCCGUCGACGAGUUCGUCGAGGCGUUUUGUAGCCACGGCCUGCGCGCCACGUCCGUCUCGCCGUCCUACGGCCUCGCGGAGAACUGCACCUUCGUGUCCACCGCGUGGCGGACGAGCGAGUCCUCCUCUGGUCACAUUCCGUCCUACAUGAAGCUCCUGCCGUCGGCGAGGCUUUCGCCCCCGCCAUCGUCCGCGGCGAACGAAGUGCCGGAGAUCGAGAUCGCCGUCGUGGACGAGGACACCGGCGAGCCGGUGGAGGACGGCGUGGAGGGCGAGAUAUGGGUGUCCUCGCCGAGCAACGCGUCGGGGUACCUCGGCCACCCGUCGGCGACCCGCGAGGUGUUCUGCGCGAGGGUGCCGGGGCGGGCCGGCGCGUGCUUCGUGCGCACAGGCGACCGCGGCGUGGUCAGGGGGCCAGAGCGGUACCUGUAUGUCGUUGGCCGGAGCGCUGACGUCAUCACGCUCGACGACGGCGUCGGCGGCGGACGGCGCCGCGUGCACGCGCACUACGUCGAGACGGCGGCCUUUGGCAGCGCGCCCGAUCGCCUGAGGGGCGGCUGCGUCGCAGCUUUCGCGACGUCGUCCACGCUUUGGUCACGUUCGCAGACCGGCGUCGUUGCUGUCGUCGCCGAGCUACAGAAGGUGAUUGCCGGCGUUGGCGAUCACAGGGGCUUGUGCGACGGCAUAAGGGCAGCAGUGUGGCGAGACGAAGGUGUCAUGGUUGGUUUGGCCGUGCUGGUCGACGGUGGGGUGGUGCCGAAGACGACGUCGGGGAAGCUACGCCGUGGCGCGGCGAGGGAGAUGCUGGCCGCCGGAAAACUGCCAGUGGUCUUUGAAGCACGGUACGACGACGGUAACGGACCGGUGGCUGCGUUGAGAACCGCAGAGGAGGAGAUGGCGGGGAAGUCAGCAGCUAGUUGGCUGGCAGGAGAGGACGGGGAGACUGGCAUGGCCACCGAAGCCUUCGGGAGCGCGAGCCGCCGCCUUCGCUUGCAGUCAUUUCUUUAGCACACAAAGGUUGGUUUCUCGUUGCAAAGCAAAUCUAUAAAUGUGAUUUCUCGUUGCUGUACGGAGUGAUCGGAAUUAGGAAGUGCUCGUUGCUUUGCUGCUGCAGCCAGCACUUUUUUUUUUAAAAAAAAGAGGAAAAACCUCUGCUUUUAAGAAAGCAAGUAGUUUAGAUACAAAUUGGGAUUACCAUUAACAAAAGGGAGUAAAAGUUGCUGAGCUGAUAACAAACCAACAACAAGAACUAGACAAGCUGAUCAAAAUUCAUGAACAUCAGUCGGCAUCGUCAAGCUUGUCUUAAAACUUCGCAUCCAGCAGACCACCAUAUCCUUCACCUGGGACAUUCUCUAUCUGUCGCCUUCCUUGAGCAAGAAC